AUGUCCGCUGUGGAUGUAGCGCUGUUAGGCUGCGUCUUGCAGACAGUGAUCCUCUGCCGGCUGUACUCCUCUCAAUCCACUGUCGUGAUAACAGGCGGGUCGCUGAUCUCUUCUCUAUUUCUGCUGGGGGCAUGGAGGCUUUACUUAUGGCCAUUAUGGUUCAGUCCCUUGCGUAAACUGCCUGAACCCCCCGGUGGCCACCGCUUGCACGGCCAUGUGAAGCUAGUCCCCAAUGAAAGAUCCGGCAUGCCCCUACAAGAAUGGAUCAAUGAGGUCUCCAACUCUGGUCUGAUCAGAUACCGCAUGCGAUUCAACAAGGAGGUUGUUUUUGUUACCAGUCCCAAGGGCCUUUCGGAGGUGCUCGUCCAGAAGAGUUACGAAUUCGCAAAGCCUGCGAAGUUAAGACUAGGUUUGGGGCGCAUCCUGGGAGUAGGCUUGAUUGUUGCUGAAGGCAGUGAGCACAAGCGACAACGUAAACACUUGAUGCCUGCCUUCUCGCACCGGCAUAUCAAGGACCUCUAUCCCAUAUUUUGGAGCAAGUCUGUUGCACUAGCUCGAGCGUUGAAUGAAAAUAUCACCCAAAGCACAAGCGAAUCUACCAAGGUCUUUGAUGUGGCAGACUGGCUGGCACGAGCGACAUUGGACAUCUUAGGUGCAGCCGGACUUGGGGAGGAGUUCGACACUCUCCAUCAUCCAGACAAUGAGAUAUGCAGUGCCUACCGGAAUGUCUUUGAGCAAAAACCUCCACAAGGAGCAUUCGCUAUGGGGCUAUUCUUGGUACGCGAGGCGCUUACAAUGGCGCUAAACCUGCCACGCAAUGACAGCAUCGCCGUAGCUACCAAAACUCUUACGGGUGUAGCACGCCGAUUGAUAGCUGACAAGAGGGCCAAUAUCAGCGUCGCAAAAACUGAAAUUGAUGGUCGCGAUAUCAUAUCCGUCGCAUUAGCAUCAGGCAGCUUCACCGAUUCGAUGCUUGAGAACCACCUAUUAACAUUUUUAGCGGCCGGGCACGAGACCACAGCAACAUCCAUGACCUGGGCACUUUAUGCUCUGUGCUUGUAUCCUGAGAUCCAAGAAAAGUUACGCAUGGAGAUUCGCAGCCGGAUACCGCACUUUCUGGACGAAUCGUCAUCUGCACCCAUGACGGCCGAGCUAUUGGAAAGCCUGCCAUACUUGCAUGCCGUCUGUAACGAGGUCUUCCGUAUUUACCCCCCUGCUGGACUCACACGAAGAGUGGCAGUGCGGAACACAUCAAUUCUGGGCCACUUUAUUCACGCAGGCACUGAGAUCGUGAUCUCCCCUCGUGCCCUGAAUGUUUCGCGAGAACUUUGGGGCCCUGAUGCGGACGCCUUCGACCCUAACCGAUGGCUUAAGCCGAAUCAAGCCAAUACUGGCGGUGGCCUGACUAACUUUUCCUUCAUGACUUUUCUCCACGGUCCGCGAUCCUGCAUUGGUCAAGGCUUCGCUCGUGGCGAAUUUGCCAGUCUACUCGCCGCUCUUGUUGGUACAUUUGAGAUGACUCUAGCGGAGAAGGAGGAGAUUGUCAUUGAGACAGGAUUGACAUCUCGGCCUAAGGGAGGACUACGCGUCCAGUUCCGUCGAGUUUGA